AUGCUGACCAACCGACGCGGCCAUUCCAUGUUCCGCCGCUCCGCGGCCUGUGCAUUCUCGCCGAGUGGCCGCCGGCCCGCGGCCUCCGCUCCUCACGUCUCAUUCAAGAACCACCAAAAUGGCUCUCCCCCGCCCCCUCGUCCUCGCGCUCCUGAUCGCCUCCUGCGCCGCACAGCAGGCCCCUCCAGCGCAGCCGCCGCCGACACCAAACGCGCCACCGUCCAACUCCCCGCCGCAGGCGCCUCCUGCCGGCAACCCGCCGCCGGCGCCCCAGGCGCCUCCGGCCGGCAACCCUCCUCCCGCGCCCACCACGCCCCCUCCGGCGCCACCCGCCCCGACCACGCCGCCCCCGGCACCGACCACUCCUCCUCCGGCUCCCACCACGCCCCCUCCGGCCCCACCCGCCCCGACCACGCCGCCCCCGGCACCGACCACUCCUCCUCCGGCUCCCACUACGCCGCCUCCGGCCCCGACAACUCCUCCUCCCGCCCCCACCACGCCGCCGCCGUCGCCGCCCAUGGCUCCACCUCCCGCCACGCCUCCUCCCCCGGCCACCCCGCCCCCCGCCAAGGCGCCCACGCCCGCCCCGAGCACCGCCCCGACUCUCCCUCCUGUGGCUACACCGUCUCCGUCCCCGAAGAGUCCCAAGACCCCCGCCGCCGCGACGUCACCAGCACCCUCGCUCGCGCCCACCGCCACACCGACGACCGACACGGGGGCCGCGAGCGCACGCGCGGCCGGCUUCGCCACGGUCGUGGCACUGGCGGGCGCGGGCCUCGCCGCCGUCCUGCUUUGAGUAGUAGCCUCCUCCUCCUGUCGUUGCUGUCAUCCCUCCACGUUGCUGCUCCAUUUCCAUUGCUUUUUUACUUUCGUGUACGUUGCAAUUUAAUUUUACCGGCGCCAUGAUCGGAUCUGUGGAUUCUGUACGACGACGACGACGACGACGCAUUGGUUGGUUAGUGUUCUCCCCGCGGGUGUCGCAUUGUACGGUACUAGUACAUUUUGGUUCUAUAGAGGAAGGAUUUGUGCAUAUUUUUGGUGUAUCAUUGAUGUGGCCAUUGAAUAAAGGGAAAAAGUAAAAAAAAACUAAAAGUCAGUCUGGUUUUAA